AAAAAGCAAAGAGACAAUUAAUGUUUGUCUUUGCAAUGAAGUGAGAAGGAAAAGAGGGUAAAAAAUCUCUUUUUAACACCAUCUUUUCUCACUGUACUCCAAUGUCUACUUGUAUCCUCGGCAAUUUAAGGACAUAAGAAUGGGAGGAUGAGAGUAUUCUGCAUGUCUCAGGCUGUGAACUACUGACAGAUUGCAAGGGAAAGAAUUAACUCUGAGAUUUUAUAAUGCCAGUUCCGCUUGCACCAUAUCCGACACCUCCAGUGCCAUAUACACCACCUGCAAAUGGUGCACAGAGCCAGCUCGUGUGCUCUGGGUGUCGAAACCUUUUACUGUAUCCGGUGGGAGCAACUUCUGUAUGCUGUGCUGUUUGCAAUGCAGUCACAGCUGUGCCACCUCCAGGCACGGAAAUGGCCCAAUUGGUUUGUGGAGGGUGCCAUACCUUGCUUAUGUACAUCCGUGGAGCAACAAGCGUACAGUGUUCUUGUUGUCACACUGUCAAUCUAGCCUUGGAAGCAAACCAGGUGGCACACGUCAAUUGUGGCAACUGCAGGAUGCUAUUAAUGUACCAAUAUGGAGCACGAUCUGUGAAAUGUGCUGUCUGCAAUUUUGUGACAUCGGUUGGGGCCUCAGCAAGCACAACGGAACAGAAAUUCCACAAUUAAAAUUUCUUCACAACUAAGUGGAUAUUACAAAGUCUACAACUUUGGUUUUGCAUAUAAUAAAAUUCCCUAUCAGUGCAUCUUUCAGCAAGCAGAGGAUUUUCCCCCGUAAUCACUUUGUAUAGAGUUAUUUUUUCCUGGCGUGAAGUCUUUUAUGAAUAAAGUAUGGGCAAGUUGGAUGUA